AUCUCGGAGAUGGAAUAUUUGAUAUCGGCCGGUGAGACAAGUUUUUGAUUGAUUUUCUUCUUCCACCGCCGUUCAAAACCGACUGUAAAAAGGAUCUGCGCCGGACGAAACGAAAGCGUGGAAGGAGAUAAAUGUUAAGUGAAGCAUCAUCUUGUCCAUUUAUUACACUCUCGUGACUCUUGCCAUACCUUUCUUUUUCACUCUGUCUCCGUUACUCCUCCCCCCACGCACGAACGUCUCCUCUCUCUCGCCGCCGGAUUUCAGCUAGAUCUCCGAAUCUCCUCACUCGUCUGUCUCCGGUGCAGCCUCCAUUGCAAUCGGAAGUAGCUGUUCCUUAUUAUCAGAGGCGGCGGUGGCGAAGGGAGGAGCUGGAAUUGGAGCUGAUGCACUUGAUUGAGUAGCUUAAAGUAGCGGAGCAGCCUUGGUUUCUUUGAAGUCAGCCAUGUCUCAGAGUAUGAGAAGAAACAGGCCUUCCUUUGGCUCAAGCAAUGGAAAUGAAGAAACUCCUUUGCACAGCUCUGUUUCCAUUUCAAAUGGAGAUGAUUAUGAUAGUGAUGGCUUCAACUUUGCACCUUCGAAUCCGACCUUGAAUGCACUUGAUUCUGUGGAGAUAUUUCUAAAAUUGAUGCAGAAACAGAUACAGUCUGGUGGAAAGCGGAGCUUUUUCUCAAAAAAAACUGCAGGUCCUCCAGUUCGAGAAAAGUUCACAUUUGAGGAUAUGUUAUGUUUCCAAAAGGAACCCAUUCCAACUUCACUACUUAAAAUCAAUGGUGACCUUGUGAGCCGAGCAACAAAAGUGUUCCAAGUAAUUUUGAAGUACAUGGGAAUUGAUUCAUCAGAUGGAGUAUCUCCAGUAAGCUUAGAUGAACGAAUUGAGCUUGUUGGGAAACUUUAUAAGCAUACUAUGAAGCGUGCAGAACUUCGAGACGAACUUUUUACUCAAAUAUCAAAGCAAACAAGAAAUAACCCUGAUAGGCAAAGUUUAAUUAAAGCGUGGGAGCUUUUUUAUUUAUGUGCAUCUUCUAUGCCUCCUAGCAAGGACAUUGGAGGAUAUUUAUCUGAGUACAUCCAUAACAUAGCAAAUGGGGCAAGCACUGAUUCUGAGGUUCAAACUCUUGCAUUGAAUACAUUAAAUGCCCUGAAGCAUUCUGUUAAAGCUGGCCCCAGGCUUACAACACCUGGGCGUGAAGAGAUUGAAGCCCUUCUAACUGGUCGAAAGCUAACAACUAUAGUUUUUUUCUUGGAUGAAACUUUUGAAGAAAUCACUUAUGACAUGGCAACUUCCAUAUCAGAUGCUGUUGAGGAGCUUGCAGGUAUAAUUAAACUGUCAGCAUAUUCUAGCUUCAGCCUGUUUGAAUGUCAUAAAGUUGUUACUGGUUCUAAGUCAUCUGAUCCCGGGAGUGAGGAGUAUGUUGGGUUAGAUGACAAUAAAUAUAUAGGAGAUCUGCUAGCGGAAUUCAAGGCAGCCAAGGACCGAAGCAAAGGAGAAAUUUUACACUGCAAACUUAUAUUUAAGAAGAAGCUAUUUCGGGAACCAGAUGAAGCUAUAACAGACCCAAUGUUUGUGCAGCUUUCAUACGUUCAAUUGCAACAUGACUAUAUAUUGGGCAAUUAUCCAGUUGGAAGGGAUGAUGCUGCACAGUUGUCUGCAUUGCAGAUCUUGGUUGAGAUUGGAUUUGUUGGUUCCCCUGAAUUGUGCACUGACUGGAAUUCACUGCUAGAAAGAUACCUUCCAAGACAAAUUGCAAUAACCCGAGCAAAGCGAGAAUGGGAGCUGGAUAUUCUCUCUCGUUACCAUCUGAUGGAACAUCUGACAAAAGAUGAUGCAAGACAGCAAUUUCUACGAAUACUGAGGAUGCUUCCAUAUGGGAAUUCGGUUUUCUUCAGUGUUCGCAAAAUUGACGAUCCUAUUGGACUUUUGCCUGGAAAAAUUAUUUUGGGUAUCAAUAAGCGAGGGGUUCACUUUUUUCGUCCAGUUCCAAAGGAAUACUUGCAUUCUGCUGAAUUAAGAGAUAUAAUGCAGUUUGGUAGUAGCAAUGCUGCUGUAUUUUUCAAGAUGCGGGUUGCAGGUGUUCUUCACAUAUUUCAGUUUGAAACCAAACAGGGAGAAGAAAUUUGUGUUGCUCUUCAAACACAUAUAAAUGAUGUCAUGUUGCGUCGAUACUCGAAAGGUCGGUCUGCUGCCAAUGGCUCAGUCAAUGGAGAUCUUUCUAACAAUUUUAGGCCUCCUGGUGUAGAAGUGUAUGAGAAACGCCUCCAGGAUUUAUCUAAAGCUGCUGAAGAAUCCCAGAAGAAAAUCAACCAAUUAUUGGGAGAAUUGCAUGAAAUGCAAAAGCAAGAGGUGCAAACACAAGAAGAAUUGGAGAGCUUGAAAAAUUCCUUGAGAUUGGAGAAAGAAAACUUAGCCCAAAUUACCAUUGAUCGUGAUAGACUUAAAUCACUGUGUGAAGAAAAUGAUGCUGCUCUUCAAACUGCAUUAAGGGAGAAGAGAAACAUGGAAGCUAGGUUGGCUAAGUUCAGUAAUCUGGCUUCAGGGAACAAUACCACUGAUUUGUCUGGAACAAGUAAUCAGGCAUUACACAAGGUCCAGGAAGAAUUAAAGCUCCGAACUGAAGAGUUGCAUGCAGCAGAAGAAAAAGCAAAAAGAUUAAUAACUGAGAAGCUUAUGUUGGAAGAGAGGAUUUCUAGACUGGAAAAGAUGAAAGCUAAUGAGGUGGAAAUUCUUGAGAAGAACUUUGAGCAGGAAUGCAAAGCCUUAAAGCUUCAAGUUUCUGAAGUUGAAAGGAAUCUGGAAGCUGUUACUAAAGAUUUGGCUGAUGCAGAAUCUAAUCUUGCAAUUAAAAAUGUGGAUUUGGCUGCAUUGCAAACUAAUUUAAAAGAAUUAGAGGAACUGAGAGAAAUGAAAGAGGAUAUUGAUAGAAAGAAUGAGCAAACAGCUGCUAUCUUGAAGAUGCAGGGGGCUCAACUCGCUGAGUUGGAAGCACUUUAUAAAGAAGAACAAGUUUUAAGAAAGCGCUACUUUAAUACCAUAGAAGAUAUGAAAGGCAAGAUCAGAGUUUAUUGUCGUUUGAGACCUUUAAAUGAGAAAGAGGCAGCUGAAAAGCAAAGACAAGUGCUUACAAGUUUGGAUGAGUUCACAGUUGAACAUCCAUGGAAGGAUGAUAAAGCAAAACAAUAUGUAUAUGAUCGUGUGUUUGAUAGCAAUGCUACUCAGGAAGAUGUUUUUGAGGAUACAAGGUACUUGGUGCAAUCAGCAGUUGAUGGGUAUAAUGUAUGUAUAUUUGCUUAUGGUCAAACUGGCUCUGGAAAAACUUUUACAAUAUAUGGAUCAGAUAGCAAUCCUGGACUGACGCCUCGAGCUACUGCAGAGCUUUUCAAAAUUUUAAAGCGAGAUAGCAACAAAUUCUCAUUUUCAUUGAAGGCAUAUAUGGUGGAGAUAUAUCAGGACACAAUUAUGGACCUUUUAUUACCAAAGAAUGCAAAGCGUCUGAAACUAGAUAUAAAGAAAGAUUCGAAGGGCAUGGUAACAGUAGAAAAUGUCACAGUUAUUCCUAUUUCUACAUGUGAGGAGUUAAAAAGCAUUUUUCAAAGAGGAUCUGAGCAACGACAUGUUUCUGAAACUCAGAUGAAUGAACAAAGUUCAAGAUCUCAUCUGAUAGUUUCUGUUGUUAUUGAGAGUACCAACCUUCAGACACAGUCUGUUGCAAGGGGAAAGUUAAGUUUUGUUGACCUUGCCGGUUCAGAAAGAGUAAAGAAAUCAGGUUCUAGUGGUGACCAACUUAAAGAAGCUCAAAGCAUAAACAAGUCACUUUCAGCACUUGGAGAUGUCAUCAGUGCUUUAUCUUCUGGCAGUCCACACAUUCCUUAUAGGAAUCACAAGUUAACAAUGUUAAUGAGUGAUUCACUUGGUGGUAAUGCUAAAACCCUUAUGUUUGUGAAUGUAUCGCCAGCUGAUUCAAAUUUGGACGAGACAUGCAAUUCUCUCACAUAUGCAUCAAGGGUUCGAUCAAUAGUGAAUGAUCCAAGCAAAAAUGUUUCCUCAAAAGAGGUGGCUCGGUUGAAAAAGCUGGUCGCGUACUGGAAGGAACAAGCUGGUAAGAAGAGUGAUGAUGAAGAUCUUGAAGAGAUUCAAGAAGAGCGGCCUACAAAAGACAAGACAGAGGGUCAGUAGUACUCAAUGUAGAGUUCAUUCGAUGCAGAUUGAGAUCAGGCCUUCUUCCCUAAAGGCACUUGUUGAAUCUCUCAAGGGCAUUUGACUAAGUUUUGGUAUGCAUGUCUAAUAAUAUGCUUUGAAGUAGUAGGAUGAGCCACUAUUUGCUUGGGUAAGAUCAAAAUGUAUAGUAUGGAAUUAUUUGUAUAUAUUGCUACUGUUAUUCAGUUCUUAUAAUGUUUUUAUUCCUCCAAAUUACAGCUACCAAAAUGGAAAAAAAGAGAAGAGUGUGAU